AUGGCCUCCCGAGCGGCAAAACUCGAGCAACUCCGCCGACUCAAAAAGGCUCGAAGUGGUGUGCUUUCUGAUAGCGAAGACGACAAUGACGGGGUGAUUUACGAUGAAGUCGACGAGUCCACAUACCGUGAUCAUAAGCGAAAACAGAUGAUGGAGGACGAUUUCGUGGUUGAUGACGACGGCGAGGGCUACGUCGAUACCGGUGCCGACGAGUGGGAUGAUGCCACGCGUCCCAAUUACGAUUCUGAUGACGAAGACAAACCCCAGCAGCAACGCAAGCGUAAAAAGGCGACGAAAGUGGCGAAAUCGUCAUCCCACAUUUCCAACUUCUUCAAGCCUCUGGCAGCCACCGCUGCUGCCGCCCGUCCCCAGGCUAAAGUGGACGCUAACAUUGAUGACAUUUUAAAUGAUUUUGGUGGAGCCGCUCCCAAACGAAUGAAGAAGGACGCGUUUACCAUCUCCAAGCAGAAACUGCAACUGCCGACCCCACAAGCGAAAUCGCUGCUGUUUUUCUCAAUGAAGAAGAGGAAGACUCAACAGGUGGUCACUGAUGAUUUUGAUGAUGACUCUGCUAUGGAUGUUGACGAUGUCGGGGUUGAAGAAGACACUCCGCCUCUGGAGCCUAUGGUGGCAGAGGAGGAAGAAACCAAACCCAUGCCUCUGUCGCCAGUUAAAGUGCUGUCACCUCCUGCAACGCAGGAAUCAGAAUCGGACUCGGACGAUGACAUCGUCGUCGUUCGUCCUCGAGCUGCUGCCGUUGCUCCCCGACCGAAAAUGUCAACCAUCUCCUCAAUCAAGGCGAACGUGCUCCAGCUGUCACCGAUCCGGGGAUCUACAGAAGCAGUUGGCAACAAGCCUAAAGUGCUGCAAAACGCGGUGACCCAGGACGGCAGCUUCAAAAUGUUCUGGAUUGAUUAUUCCGUUGCUGAUAACACCCUCUUGUUAUAUGGCAAGAUCCUCACCAAUGAAGGUAAGCUUGUGAGUGGGGUUGUUCAAGUCAAUGAUAUUCACCGCGAAUUAUACUUCUUGCCGAAAGAGGGCUACGACGUGAAAGAAGUCUACGAAGAUGUGGUGCCUACAUUGCAACAAACUUUCGAAUUGUCUAUGAUCAAAGCGAAACCAGAAACCAUGAAGUAUGCAUUUGAAAUCCCUGACAUACCCCAAGAAACUGAAUAUCUCAAGGUGUUGUUGCCCUUCAAAUUGAAGAACAACUACUACAGACAACUUCCCAUUGAGCCGAGCGGCAGAACUUAUAGCCAUGUGUUUGGCAAAUCGGCUGAUAUUUUUGAGGAAUUCAUUUUGCAGCGGAAUAUUAUGGGACCGUGUUGGUUAGAAAUCAAAGGUGGUGACUUCAAUGCCUUGCAAAACAGUUCCCACUGUCAACUCGAAGUGGCUUUGUCUUCGCCUAAAUUGGUCACUCCGAUUACCAAUAAUGCUCCACCUGCUCCUCCUUUGAAGCUCAUGUCUCUUUCAGUGCAAACGAAGCUUGAUGAGAAAUCGAAUAAUCAAGAAAUUAUUGCUGUGACAAUGUCAACAUACAAGGAUGUCUCGCCUGAGGCUCACGAUAAUUUGUUAACUCCUUCUGAAGUGGUUACGUUGUGUCGACCAGUGGAUUCUCAAGUAAUUCUCAAAGAUCUUGAGGCUCGGGCCAAGAAAACGAAAUUCAACUUGAGAACAUUCCCCAAUGAAAAGGCUUUACUUAAUGUCAUGGUAGCUUUAAUCAAGAAUGCCGACCCUGAUGUUUUCAUUGGUUACAACUUGCUCCAAGAAAUCAUCGAAGUCUUGACGCAUAGAUUGCGCCAUCACAAUGUCACCUUAUGGUCGGCUUUGGGUCGACGUAAUCGGAGACUGUGGCCUCAACGCUUUGGCGGGAAUUCGAAGUCCACCCUCAUGCAAACUACGGAAGUGUUUGCCGGUCGUUUAUUGUGUGAUAUCGCUGGUGACUUGGGUCGUUCGCUUUCCACGAAAUGUACCCUGUGGGAACUUUCAGAAAUGUAUCGGGUUGUUUGUGGUAAACAAUAUGCUGGUAUGGAAGUCAACUGGGCCAAUAUGUCAAACCCCGACUACUUCAUGACCGUCUUGAAGGAAAACAAGACUCAAGCCGAGAUCCUGGCUGAAAUUGCUUCCGUCAUGCAAAUUUUGUCGCUUCUGAUGCAACUCACCAAUAUUGCCGGGAAUGCUUGGGAAAAAACUCUCGAAGGUACGCGUUCGGGUCGUAACGAGUCGAUUCUUUUGCACGAGUUCCGUCGUAACAACUACAUUCUUCCUGAUAAAGGUGGUGCUGCUGUUCAACAAGCCCAACAAGCUAGAGUCGACAAUGAACCUGAUGAUGCCACCACUCAGACUCGGAACAAAAAGCCUAAGUUUAUUGGGGGUUUAGUUUUCGAACCUGAAAAGGGUUUGCACCAAAACUACACGUUGGUCAUGGACUUCAACUCUUUGUACCCUUCGAUCAUCCAGGAAUUCAAUAUCUGCUUCACUACAGUGGCUCGUGACGACUAUAAUCGGACUCACGACGAGCAGAAUGACAUGCCCUCGUAUCCUGAGAGAGAUCAAAACCCAGGUAUUCUUCCCAAGUUGUUGAACACUCUCGUCCUGCGGCGUCGGGAAGUGAAGAAAUUGCUUAAAGAUCCGAAGUUGACGCCUCAACAGCGAGCCCAAUUUGACGUCAAGCAGACUGCGUUGAAGUUGACGGCAAACUCGAUGUAUGGGUGUCUUGGUUACGUCCAAUCUCGGUUCUACGCCAAACCGUUGGCUAUGUUGGUUACAAACAAGGGUCGUGAAAUUUUGAUGGACACGAGACAAUUGGCAGAACUGGAAGGCCUUAAAGUGGUUUAUGGUGAUACCGAUUCGGUCAUGAUCAACUCUGGUUGUGCUAACUACAAAGAUGCCGUCAAGAUUGGUAACGACUUUAAGGGCAAAGUUAACGAGAAGUACAAGUUAUUGGAGAUUGAUAUUGAUAACGUGUUCAAACGAUUGUUGUUGCAUGCCAAGAAGAAGUAUGCUGCGAUGAAUGUCACUUAUGACAAGGAGCUGGAUACGGAGAACCUUAAGUUGGAAGUUAAGGGGUUGGAUUUGGUGCGGCGUGAAUACUGUCAGCUUUCUAAAGACGUGUCGACGUUUAUCCUUGGAAAGAUUCUUGGUGAAGAUGAUGACCAUGAGCAAUUGUUACAAACGGUGUACGACUAUUUGGAGAACUUGAGUCAAGAAGUUCGUGCCAACAAGAUUCGUCCUGAUAAGUUCCGGAUCAAUAAGCAACUUUCAAAGGACCCCGAAAAGUAUAAUGAUGCUAAGAGUCAGCCGCACGUGCAAGUUGGUUUACGCCUUAAGAAACAAGGUAAGGUCAUCAAGGCUAACUCGGUGAUCAGUUAUAUUAUUACUGCCCCCACUGCUGACAACACCAAUUCGACGGAAAACGAGCGGGCUCGAGCGUUUCAAGAGGUGAUUUCGAACAAAGAGGCUGGCUACUCUCCUGAUCCUAACUACUAUCUUGAAAAGCAAAUUCUCAACCCUGUGCAGCGGUUGUUGGAAGCAGUUGAUGGGGUGGACAUUGUUCGCGUGGCAGAAUGCCUUGGUCUCGAUGGCACUAAGUUUGCCCAUCGGGAAGCUGCUCGUCAUGCUGCUUACGUCCCGAUGGAGGCUAAUUUGAAGGAUGAGGAAAGAUUCCUGCAAUGUCUGCAUUUUGUUGUCACCUGUACAUGUGGUAAGCGUUUCCGCUUUGGUGGUAUCCAAAGCUCGCCUGAUUACAAAGUCGGUUACAAUGGUGUCUCGUGUGCUCUGUGCAACCAAUCCAUCUCUGGGUAUACCUUAGCUGCUCAAUUGGAGUACGCAAUCCGCCGUCAUUUGGCUGCUUAUUAUGCUGGGUGGUUAAGAUGCAAUGACGCUCUGUGUAACCACCGCACUCGUCAAAUUGGUGUUUACGGUAGACGGUGUCACGGAACCGUUGGGUGCAAAGGGGUCAUGCGUUAUGAAUACACUGACCGGGACCUUUACAACCAACUCUUAUAUUUCAGCUCGCUUUUCGACGUCGACAAGGCGAAGAAGGGCCAGUUGAAGUCGUUGGACAUUCCUGGUGUUGAAGCGUUGCCUCAUGGUUCGUUGGAGGCGCUUGCGGAGCAGAAUCGUGAGUUAUUCACCCGGUGCACGUCGGUGCCGGAAAAGUAUUUGAGCAACUGUGGUCGUCGCUACGUCAACAUGGGAUCGAUUUUCAACUUCCUCCAGGUAUAA